CACGGAGUUCGCCCCCUCUUAGCAUCCGCCACUCGCCAUUGCCACUAGCAAGCCACGCAGAGGAAGAAAGAAAGAGAAGGGUUGGAAGAAAUGAAGGCGGCCGCGGGGGUGCUCCUGGCCGUGGUGGCCGCUGCGCUGCUAGGAGGCGCUGCGGCGGCGCCGCCACGGAAGCCGGUGGACGUGCCGUUCGAGAAGAACUACGUGCCGACGUGGGCGUCGGACCACAUCCACUACCUGAACGGCGGGCGCGAGGUGCAGCUCUCCCUGGACAAGUCCACGGGGACCGGCUUCCAGACCCGGGGCUCCUACCUCUUCGGCCACUUCAGCAUGCACAUCAAGCUCGUCGGCGGCGACUCCGCCGGCACCGUCACCGCCUUCUACUUGUCGUCGCAGAACUCGGAGCACGACGAGAUCGACUUCGAGUUCCUGGGGAACCGGACGGGGCAGCCGUAUAUCCUGCAGACCAACGUCUUCUCCGGCGGGAAGGGCGACCGGGAGCAGAGGAUCUACCUCUGGUUCGACCCCACCAAGGACUACCACUCCUACUCCGUCCUCUGGAACCUCUACAUGAUCGCAUUCUUCGUGGACGACACGCCGAUCCGGGUGUUCAAGAACAGCAAGGACCUGGGCGUGCGGUACCCGUUCGACCAGCCGAUGAAGCUCUACUCGAGCCUGUGGAACGCAGAUGACUGGGCGACGCGUGGCGGAAGAGAGAAGACGGACUGGUCCAACGCGCCCUUCGUGGCGUCCUACCGCGGGUUCCACGUGGACGGCUGCGAGGCCUCGGCCGAGGCCAAGUUCUGCGCCACCCAGGGGGCCCGCUGGUGGGACCAGCCGGAGUUCCAGGACCUGGACGCGGCGCAGUACCGCCGCCUGGCCUGGGUCCGGAAGGAGCACACCAUCUACAACUACUGCACCGACCGCGAGCGGUACGCGGCCAUGUCGCCCGAGUGCAAACGCGACCGCGACGUCUGAUGAUGAUCCGUCCGAUCUGUAAUGUGCCUCGGGAUUACCACGCGCCCAAUUAAUCCAGUGGAGUUCAAAUUAACGCCGUAUGUAUGGAUGUAUUUGUUGUUUUAUUUGUACCACUGGUCGAUUGGCGUACGUACGGGGGAUGUAAUGUAUCGCUAGAUGCCUAGAUGUGUGGUAUUUAUCCUGAUUGGCCAUGCAUGGCAUGUACCGCAUGUGAGAGUACUAAUUAAGUGUGCCUCGUGACCUCAUGUUGCGGCAAGUUGAUAUUGCCAAUUUUCAUUCAUUCCA